AGGAUCAAAGUCUGUUGUUUAUGGGGCUGCAGAUGAGGCAGCUUUGUUUCCACUGAGGGUCUCUUUUGGGGACAAUAAUCUGGGAAUAGAGGGACAUAAGGGUGAUCCUCUUCAAAUUUGGAAUUUUGUGAUAAGAAAAAAAAAAUGUUCGCUGGGCCUUUUUAGAGGAAUUCUUUAAAAAGAAAACCUUUCUGUUAAUUACAUGGCUCCUUUUGCAAACUUCCAUUCUAUUUGUGGGGAAUUCAGAAAAAUGAGACCAUAUUAUGAACUACUCACCCUUCCAUUUUUCAGGUUAAAAGUAGGCCUGAUUUUUUCCAAAUUAAGACAAAAAUAGAAAAUGAGGUAUUGACAUAACCCCCUUUAAACAUACUAAGUGACAUGCCUAUUGUAAUUUCUUGGUGUUAAACCUAAGAGUUUUGAUGCUGACUUCAUUACCCCACCACAAAUUUUCAAAAUUAACCUCUCUUUUUAAGGUAUUUUCAUGUGUGUAUUAUUAUUAUUAUUAUUAUUUUAAUUAGGAGGGGCGGUCUUAAACGGAUGUGCAACACAGUGUGACUCCUUGUUUACCCAAGAGCCCAAGUUAGUUUCUCUUUCAAGUUUGUUUUCAUAGUAGAGGCUGGUUAACUGGAAGGACUGUAGCUUCUGGAUAUAUGUUCAUUUUAUAAUAGGCAGUUUUAAAAUGUGUCCAUAUGACAUUAUUAUUUUUUAAAAUGUCUUGGCUGAGUAAGUGGAUCUGGAGUUGCCAUAAAACAUUUUUUAAAAGGCCUGAAGUUUCUAGGAGGGAAUUUCCUGAUGAGCUUAAAAGGUCAUCAGGAGUAGUUUCUAAAACUUCAGUAAUUUCUCAACCAAAGACACUCUAAUUGGUAAGAAGAAACGUGAAAGGAAAAACAAUGAAUUAUUUCAAGCACUUUUGAAAAUGCAGCGUUGUGAGAAAGAAUAAACAGCAUGAUUUUUCAAAGGACUUCAUCCUUUGACUUCAAGAAGUUAAUGAAUUCUGAUACCCGGUUUGCAAUUACAUUGAACAACAAGGAUGCCCUCACUGGAGAUGAAGAGACCUUGACUUCAUAUGGGAUUGUUUCUGGGGACUUGAUAUGUUUGAUUCUUGAAGAUGCCAUUCCAGCACCUAACUUACCUUCAUCCACAGAUUCAGAGCAUUCCUCACUCCAGAAUAAUGACCAACCUUCUUUGGCCACCCCCUCCAGUCAGUCCAGCAUACAGGAUGAACGGCGGACUGAUUCAUUCCAAGGAGAGGCAGCCCAAUCCGAUGUCUGGAAUGAUGGCAGUAUGCCAGGGCCUAGUCAAAAUGUUGAAGCUGAGUCAAUUGAAGAUAUUGUGGAUAUGGAUGAAGACACAGGUUUCUACCCCUCAGAACCAAUGCUCUGCAGUGAAUCAGAGGAAGGGCAAGUGCCCCAUUCAUUAGAGACCCUGUAUCAGUCAGCUGACUGUUCUAGUCCCAGUGAUGCCUUGAUAGUAUGCAUUCAUCUUCUCAUGUUGGAGUCGGGUUAUAUACCUCAGGGGACUGAAACCAAAGCUAUUUCCAUGCCAGAGAACUGGAAAUCAGGAGGAGUGUAUAAGCUGCAGUACACACAUCCUCUCUGUGAGGGCGGCUUUGCUGCUCUCACCUGUGUGCCUUUGGGAAACCUAGUCGUCAUAAAUGCUACACUAAAAAUCAACAGUGAGAUUAGAAGUGUGAAAAGAUUGCAGCUGCUGCCAGAAUCUUUUAUUUGCAAAGAGGAACUAGGGGAAAAUGUAGCCAACAUCUACAAAGAUCUUCAGAAACUCUCUCGCCUCUUCAAAGACCAGCUGGUGUAUCCUCUUCUGGCUUUUACUCGACAAGCACUGAACCUCCCAGAUGUAUUUGGGUUGGUAGUCCUUCCAUUGGAGCUGAAACUACGGAUCUUCCGACUUCUGGACGUUCGUUCUGUCCUGUCUUUGUCUGCAGUUUGUCGUGACCUCUUUAUCGCGUCAAAUGACCAACUUCUGUGGAGGUGUUUAUAUCUGCGGGACUUUCGAGAUGGUACUGUUAGAGUUCGAGACACAGAUUGGAAAGAAUUGUACAAGAAGAAGCACAAACAAAGAAAAGAAGCUCAGAGAAUUCGGCAUAUGAUGUUCCUGCCGCCGUCGUCACCCCACCCCAACCCAUUCUACCCCAAUCCCUUCCACCCCAGGCCUUUCCCUCCCAGCUCGCUCCUUCCUCCAGGAAUUAUUGGUGGUGAAUUUGAUGAAAGACUAACACUUCCCUAUGUUGGGAACCCAAUCAAUUCACUCAUCCCUGGGCCGGGGGCGGCACCCGGCCAGUUCCCUCCACUCAGACCACGUUUUGAUCCAAUUGGCCCACUUCCAGGACCUAACCCCAUCCUGCCAGGGCGCGGUGGCCCCAAUGACAGAUUUCCCUUCAGACCCAACAGGGGUCGGCCAACUGAUAGCCGGCUACCAUUCAUGUGAUUGACUCGCAACCCCACUCUGGAGCUUGUUUGGUUUUGUUUCUUAAAACUACAGCUGUCAUCUUGUUGGGUUGUUGACCUCUAGUGUUUUCUGAUUGUGGUGGUGAGGAAUGUACUCACACAAGCCUUUCAGUAGAUGUAUUUAAAGCUCCAGGGGUGGUGAGGCCCAAAGGUUACUUCAUGACAAGGUUGGCCUUGGGAAUAGUUGGCUGCUGACUUCCCUCUAGAAUGAAGGUUGUUCACCGAUAAUGUUCUGUACCAGAUUUUUAAAAAUUAAGUAUAAAUUACA